AUGAUGAAGUCUAAAUACGCAAGGACUUCUGAUGGCCAAAGAAUGAUGGCAACAGUUUCAAGUAAUGAAUUUUGGGAGAAUGUUACUUUUUCCUUUCAAGUGUUGGCUCAAUCAGUAGAGGUUGUGAGAAUGGUUGAUAUUGAAAGAAAACCUUUUAUGGGCUAUAUUUAUGAAGUUGUGUCUAGAUCUGAGAAGAUUGACAGUGAUGAAGCGUACCGAGUUGUGAAGGAAGGACUUUACAAGGCUAUGGAGCGACUUAUACCUGAUCCUAAAGAUUAUGAUCAGGCAAUGUUUGACUUGAGGACUUACAGAGAUGCGACACGUUCACUAGGAAGCGCUUCAGCUAUUAGAACAAGAGAUACGAUGAGGCCACAUGAUUGGUGGAUACUUCAUGGGGUUGGCGUGCCUUGCUUACAAAAAUUUGUCAUUCGAGUGUUAAGUUUAACUAUUAGUGAUUCUCCCUGUGAGCGUAAUUGGAGUACAUUUGAGAAUUUGUAUUCCAAGAAAAGAAACAAGUUCUUACAACAGAAGUUGAAAGCAUUUGAUGAAGACGAUGAUUGGCUCAUACCGGAAGGUGGAGGAUUAGUUAGGGAAGGUGAAGAUCUUACUUGGGAACAGGCUAAUGCAUCCAUUGGAGCUAUGGAUGUUGGACCAAGCACAAGAUCAAGAAGAAAGGAAAGAUCGGAUACUCAUCCUAUAUUCAGUCUUAUCUCUGAAGAACCUGAUGAUGAAACUCUCCCCCCAUAUGAUGAUGACAGUGAAGAUAGUGAUGAUACAAGCUUUCAAUUCGAAAAGGAUUUUGAUAAACGCAUGCAUUCUAAUAGGAGAAAUCGUGCUGAUAGAGACGAAGGUGGCGAUGAGGAGGGAGAUGAUAGAAUUGAACUUUAG